AGAGAGAGAGAGAUCGAGAGAGAGAGAGAGAUCGAGAGAGAGAGAGAGAUCGAGAGAGAGAGAGAGAUCGAGAGAGAGAGAGAGAUCGAGAGAGAGAGAGAGAUCGAGAGAGAGAGAGAGAUCGAGAGAGAGAGAGAGAUCGAGAGAGAGAGAGAGAUCGAGAGAGAGAGAGAGAUCGAGAGAGAGAGAGAGAUCGAGAGAGAGAGAGAGAUCGAGAGAGAGAGAGAGAUCGAGAGAGAGAGAGAGAUCGAGAGAGAGAGAGAGAUCGAGAGAGAGAGAGAGAUCGAGAGAGAGAGAGAGAUCGAGAGAGAGAGAGAGAUCGAGAGAGAGAGAGAGAUCGAGAGAGAGAGAGAGAUCGAGAGAGAGAGAGAGAUCGAGAGAGAGAGAGAGAUCGAGAGAGAGAGAGAGAUCGAGAGAGAGAGAGAGAUCGAGAGAGAGAGAGAGAUCGAGAGAGAGAGAGAGAUCGAGAGAGAGAGAGAGAUCGAGAGAGAGAGAGAGAUCGAGAGAGAGAGAGAGAUCGAGAGAGAGAGAGAGAUCGAGAGAGAGAGAGAGAUCGAGAGAGAGAGAGAGAUCGAGAGAGAGAGAGAGAUCGAGAGAGAGAGAGAGAUCGAGAGAGAGAGAGAGAUCGAGAGAGAGAGAGAGAUCGAGAGAGAGCGAGAGAGAGAGAGAGAUCGAGAGAGAGAGAGAGAUCGAGAGAGAGAGAGAGAUCGAGAGAGAGAGAGAGAUCGAGAGAGAGAGAGAGAUCGAGAGAGAGAGAGAGAUCGAGAGAGAGAGAGAGAUCGAGAGAGAGAGAGAGAUCGAGAGAGAGAGAGAGAUCGAGAGAGAGAGAGAGAUCGAGAGAGAGAGAGAGAUCGAGAGAGAGAGAGAGAUCGAGAGAGAGAGAGAGAUCGAGAGAGAGAGAGAGAUCGAGAGAGAGAGAGAGAUCGAGAGAGAGAGAGAGAUCGAGAGAGAGAGAGAGAUCGAGAGAGAGAGAGAGAUCGAGAGAGAGAGAGAGAUCGAGAGAGAGAGAGAGAUCGAGAGAGAGAGAGAGAUCGAGAGAGAGAGAGAGAUCGAGAGAGAGAGAGAGAUCGAGAGAGAGAGAGAGAUCGAGAGAGAGAGAGAGAUCGAGAGAGAGAGAGAGAUCGAGAGAGAGAGAGAGAUCGAGAGAGAGAGAGAGAUCGAGAGAGAGAGAGAGAUCGAGAGAGAGAGAGAGAUCGAGAGAGAGAGAGAGAUCGAGAGAGAGAGAGAGAUCGAGAGAGAGAGAGAGAUCGAGAGAGAGAGAGAGAUCGAGAGAGAGAGAGAGAUCGAGAG